AUGCAUGGUCGCGGCAGGUACCCGGAAGUAGUUGGUUCGCCGUGCUGUGAUCUGGGGAUUGCGCUAUCCGUUUGGCGUAGAUUGCACACAAGCAAUCAGGUACACUCUCCAAGCUCGGUGUCAAGACGAGAUAAGGCGGGUGGCCGUGGGUCGCUCAUCGCUCGGCAUACGCCAAUUGAAGCUGACGUCGAAGAUCACCUAGGAGAACCGAGUGGCCUGUCGGAUGGCAAGCAUCUUGAACAGAUGGUAGUCGUUGAUUGGGAGAACGGAGGUCGGACUAAGAUUUUCACAGCCGCCGCGGGAGCGCUAGGCCGUUGGAGGAAGGCCAGUCGAAGGCGCGAAGAAAUUUUAGACAGCAACCAUCUCAAGAUUACCAGCAUCCACAUCCGCAAAAUCCAUGGAAUGCUACGAACAUCUAUGGGUGAAGCCCAUUAUAAACAGCAACCACUCAUCAGCCGUCAAACAUCCAACGGCCACAUCCCACGCCACUCAACGCCGAACUCACACCACACUCCCUCGUGCACUCCGACAACCAAAUCUUGGAACCACUUCCCAGUAACACCGUCGACUCGGCUGAACACAAUACCCAUGGGCGAAGACACCACCAUGGCAACCUUGACGGUUGGUUCAUUGCCCGAAGAGUGGCGAAGAAGAUAA